UUUUGUUGAGAAAUUGUUCAAUCUCAACCUCGUUUAAGGUAUAAAUAUUGCUUCUAUUCUUAUUGUAUUAUGUAUAUUGUUUUAUUUUUUGUUUUUGUAAAUUAUUAUUUGAGUUUUUUUAUUUUAUUAGUAAUAUUAUUGUGUUUUAUGUGUAUAGUGUCGGGAUUUUUUACGGUGGUCGUCGGAUUGCGGUUAUUAGGGGUUCGGCAUAAUUUUGUGUGUAGCGUAUUUGGGCUUGCAAUUAUAGACAUGGCGAACUCAGAAUCAGGAUCUGAUUCGGGAGCAGAAAAUGAGUGUCCAACCACAAUACCUACACGAGGGCCGACGCAAAUGAAUGAAAUAUCCAAACUAAUGGAUCAGGGCAAAAGAGUGGCCCUCGAAGUUAAUGAUAAAGGUCAAUACUGUGGAAAAAGCUACGCGAAGCUCGUAUCCACUCUAGGAGUCAGAUGUCGGCAGACAAUAGGGUUGGCUUAUAAAAACUGGAAAGAAGUCAACCAGACUCUGAAAAAUAAAGUUUGGAAAGACAUUCAGACGGGGUUCAUUGUGCCGGACACCUUCAAACAUGAUUGUCUCAUCCUAGCUGGGAAGUUAAUGAAAGACUUCAAGAAUAGGAUGACAAAAGACAUCAUAAUGCCCGCGUUGAAAGAGAAUGAUCUGGGACGACUGGCACAAGUCCCUGAAAAGCACCCGGAGAUCGACGCUGCUGAUUGGUGCAAAUUUGUUGAAAGUCGACUAACUCCUGAAUUUCUGGAAUUGAGUAAGGUGCAACGUGAACGUUCCUCAAAAAUUCAAUCCAGACAUCGAAGUGGUCGGAGUGGAAUGGUGAACGUACGGGAAGCUGUGAAAAAGGACCUCGAAGUUGCAGAUCCCCCUGCCACCGUGUUUGGAUUAAAUCUCGCACCAAGAGUAGAAAACUUGUCACUGAUUACGACAAGGAAAUUGCCGAGAAGAUAGCUCAAUUAGAGGAGAAGCUUAGUCAGGGACAAAUUCAGGUCCAGGGCCAAAACGAUAUCCUCACGCAGGCGCUCGGGACACCAGAGCAUCCUGGACGUGUCAGGGCUGCUGGGUUCCUGACCAGGGCAUCUCAACUGUUC